CGCGUGGAGAACCUUUUCAGCCGGAGCACCCCAAUCUCGCUCCCUCAGACCAAGAAUUCGAGCCGAGUAAGCAACCAUCAAAGUAUCAAACGCAGGCACGGAGCAAUAUGGAGAGGGGCUGUCUAACGUUCACCACAUCGUCAUCAACUCCUCCAAGACCCGCCGCCGUCUUCCCCUGCCACAGGGCCCCAAUUUUCGGCCAAUCCCACGAUAAAUUUCAGCAGUUUUUUCGAAUGAGAACUGCCAACUGUGGUAGUAUUAGUGGAAGCAAAGGCAGCUUGAGCGUGAAAGCUUUAAACCAGAGUCUAUCGAGCAACUGGGAUGUGUCGAAUUAUGCAGCUCCUUCGUGGCUGCCGAGGUUUGAAGAGCUUGACACCACCAACAUGCUUCUUCGCCAGAGAAUUAUCUUCUUGGGUAGCCAGAUAGAUGACAUGACCGCAGACUUCAUCAUAAGUCAGCUAUUAUUACUUGAUUCAGAAGACCACAAGAAAGACAUCAGAUUGUUCAUUAAUUCACCUGGUGGCUCUGUCACUGCAGGAAUGGGUAUAUACGAUGCCAUGAAAUUGUGCAAGGCCGAUGUAUCUACUGUUUGUAUGGGUCUUGCUGCAUCCAUGGGUGCUUUCCUCCUUGCCUCUGGUACUAAAGGGAAGAGGUUCUGCAUGCCAAAUGCAAAAGUGAUGAUCCAUCAGCCACUUGGAACUGCUGGGGGCAAAGCCACGGAGAUGAGCAUACGCAUCAGAGAAAUGGCAUAUCACAAAAUUAAGCUGAACAAGAUACUAUCACGAGUCACUGGGAAGCCUGAACAGCAGAUUGAGCUGGAUACCGACCGUGAUAAUUUUAUGAACGCUUGGGAGGCAAAAGAAUACGGGUUGGUUGAUGCAGUGAUCGAUGAUGGCAAGCCUGGACUAGUCGCACCCAUCGCAGAUACUGCACCCCCACCAAAAACCCGUGUCUGGGAUCUUUGGAAAAUCGAAGGCAGUAAAAAAGCCAAGAAAAACUUGCCCUCCGAAGAGAAACUAUUACAAAAUGGAUACACAGUUGGCCAAGGUGAAGAUGACAGAAGCACGGAACAGGUAGAGGAAGCACCAACAUCUCAAUGAGUAAUGAAUGUUGAGAUAUUUCUUGUAUACACUGUCAAACAUUGUAGCUAGAGAUUGUUGUAUUCAAGGACUCGUUCAACUUACUCCGGGCAAUCUCUUAAAAGUAGAAAUUAUUCUAUCUUGUUCGUUGAUCA